UUUCUAGUGAUAGCAUUUUCAGGAUGCAGGUGGAAGGCAGAGGCAAAAGUUGGUUCAUUUUCCUUGAUGAAAAGCAGAUCUCGUGGCUUACUAAUAGAAACCGGAUUUUCAAGGUCAUCAUUCCUGCUUUUGGUCCUGGCUUUGGUUGGGCGAAUUUGAUCCACCUCCUGCAAGAUUUCUACGCGGCUGAUCUGCAAAGUCGCAUCUGCUCCUCGUCUAUUGAUGUUACUGUGGACAUUCCACCACCUCCCCUUCAUCAUCCUGUUGCAUCUAAAAGUUAUGCCGACGCGGUUCGGUACGGUGGUUUCUAUGGUGCCGGGCGAUGCUCUAUCAUGGGAAAGGGAGUCCAUAGGUUCAUCGAGGUGAGCCAAGAGGGCGUUGAUGCCCGUAACAAGCUUCUUGAUAGAUGUCUCGUCCUCUCCUUUUCGUCAAAGUCUGGUAUAAGCUUCAACAAAGACUGGGUUCCCUCUUUGAGAAGGUGGGCCAUCAGAUUUUGGGCCAUUGAUGAGAACUUCGUGUUGGAAGACUGCUUGGACGGGAGGUGGCUUCUCAUCUGCCCCAGCAUUGCUGAUGCUUUGCGCAUCAAAAAAAUAAAUAUUCUAAAGUUCAGAGAAUUCUUAAGCUCCUGCUCGCUUUGGAAGGAUGGUGAGAUGCCGGUCUGCGGCGAUGAGUCUUGGAUCGUAGCGCUUGAUAUUCCCCUCCACCUAAAACGCGUGGAUCUUCUUGUUGCAAUCGGAAACUUCUGCAGGGUCUUUGUGGACUUAGACUGGGAUUCUUGGUUCCUUCCCUUCGUAAGGAUCAGGAUCAAGAAGACGAUCGCCAUCCCUGACAUAAUUCCUCUUUGUUUUGAUGGCCUGGAAUUUCCAAUUCAAAUUGUUUCGCUGGCGGCGACGCCUCUUGGUCUUCCAUGCAAUACCAUCAUUAGUGCGGGCAUCAACUCCCAUGCACGUGUCUCGGGAACCCUUUCCAGUCACCCCGAUUGAUUACCCUAGUGUCGGCGCUUCGCCAAGUCCUAUCUCCUCCCCCAGUCUCCCAAGUCGGCCCAAUAAGCCCCGGGCCCAUCC